GAGAGAGAGAGAGAGAGAGAGAGGAGAGUAGUAGCGGUGGAAUCAUAGUAAGCAAAGAGAGAAAGAUGAGGAUAGAGAAUCCAUUUACUUUCAAGGUAGGUCAAGUAUUCACUGGCUUUGGCGUUGGCUGUGGCAUUGGUAUUGGCGUUGGGCGCCCUUUAAACCUAGGUGCUAUACCUGUACUGAACCAAGUUAUGAGUGCCACUAGAGGUGCAACAGAUGCUUUUUCUGGUGUUGGUAGACAUGUUAAUACCUCUUUGAGGAAGUUGGGAGCAAAGAACAUUGAAGCAGGCAUUGGUUGUGGUGUGGGUUUUGGCCAUGGUUUUGGAGUUGGUCUUGCUGUGAAGCCUGGGGUGGUGCAUCAAAUUCGGUCUUGUCUUGUAGAAGCCAUGACAAAGAUGUUGAUGAAGUUUGGGAUGGCUCCCAGUUUGUCCAUUGGCCAACAUAUACUUCCAUCGUCCUUGCAUAGUGGUGUGAGCUUGAUAAAUGAGCCCUCCCAUCAAAAUCCAAUUGGAAGUCUUAUGCAGUUGGCAACAAAAGCACCAGAGCACAAAUCUCAAGACUUGCCUAGAGAUGGAAAUUCAACUUCAGUUUCUACUUAUGAAACUUCUGCAUCUAAGAGCCCUCCACUGAAUGCAUCAUAUGGCGGUCGAACAGGGAAGGUUAUAAGCAAUUUUUUGCAGAAUCCUAUGUUGAGAGAUGAAGAUAACGAACUAAAUGAGAUGGCUGGACGUUUGCGGUCAGAGAACAACCUGCUUCAGAUGGUUUUGAAACACCAGCAAGUCAUUGAUGGGUUGAUGGAGGAAAAUGAGAAGCUUCGCCAGAUAUUGGUGGAAGACCUCAAAAUCUCACCUAGCAAGCUUCAAGGCAGCUACUCGGGUAAAAAUAGAUCUUCAUGUACUGAAUGUUUUGAGUGCCGUAGGAAACAAAGAAAAAAUAGAGCAAAGUAAAUAUAAUCCUUACACUGUUCAAGCGAUUGACUACAAAAAUCCUAGUUAAGCUUUUUUUUGGUGUGUGCUUUGGACAUCAAUUUUGCAACCAACUAGGCUGAUCAUUAACCACAGAUUACAACGUACCUUAAGAAAGAAAUUAUUGUGGAAGCAAAGCAUGCAGCUUACCUUCAAGACAUAUAUUAAGUAACAGC